AUGUUUUAAGAAUAAUAAUUCGGAAGAUAAGAUAAAUCAACCAUUGAAUGUAGAAAUUUAAAAAGAUAUGGAAAUUGUAAAACUUCUGGCUGUCCAUUUUCACAUAAUGCAGCAUCUGUUAAACCAAAAGUCUUUAGAAAGGUAUUUUAAUAAUAAUAAAUUGGCCCAACAUCAGAUCCAAAUUAGUAAUAAAACAAUUUUAGAAAUAAUUCUUGGAAUCAGAAUAAUUAUAAUAACUUUUAAAACAAUCAAGGCAAAAGAGAUUUCCAAUUUUCUAGAUUAAAUUAAAACAAUAAUAAUUAAUAAGAUAGAUUUCAACAAAAUAAUAAUAUGAAUUACAAUAAUAAUAAUAAUAAUAAUAAUAAUAAUCAAUAUUAGCAAACUCACAAUUCAUAAUUUUAUGAUAACUAACAAAAAAAUCACCUUUAAUAUUAAGGUUUGUAACAGUAACCUACAAUCGGUCUUUAAUUACUCUAUAAAAUGAAUUUCGAGAAUCUUAAAGGUUUUUUAAGAAUAAUCAAUAUUAAUAAUAACUUUUAUUUUGGUCUCAUAAAUAAUAAAGGCAUCACCUUUUAUCCAUAUAACGAAACCAAUGGAAUCGAUAUUUUAUAAAAAAUUGACUUUGUCAUAUAAUAUGAAGUAGAAGAUGCAUUUAUUUAACAAUACACUUAAUAAAAUAACCAAAAAGAACUCUAUUGUUUAGUUAUUGUGAUAACUGAAUAAUCCUUAAAAAGUGUUUUACUUUUUCCAGAUUUUUUUAAUUCUUAAACUAAUUUUGUAAAAAUAUCAGACAUCUCAAAUACGUACUUAAAAUAUAUACAUGUAAAUAUAUUAAGUAGAGAAUUAUACACUUUUAGUUCAGAUGGUAUUCUAUUUGCUUAUUGAAGGAUUUAUCAGGGUUUUCGACCUUUAAAGCACUCAAAAUUCAUUAAAGCAUUAUGCUUAAUAAACACAAGUCUUUUAGUCCAUAUUUUUCCUUAAUGAAACAUCAAAGGGAAGCAAUUUUCUUAUUUCAACCAAAAAUGGAAACAUUUAUCAUUAUAUAAAUCAAUAAUUUACUAAAUUACAUUCUUCUACAGAUUAAACAUUAUUAGAUGUAACCAUUGAAAAUGAUUCUAAAAGAAUUUAUUUAGUUACUAAAAACUAAGAACUUUAUAAUAUUUAUAUAAUAAAUGAAAACAAUUCUUUUGAAGGUCCAAUAUAUACUCAUAGAUAUCCAAUUUUAAAAUUAGUUGGAUUCAAAGAUUUUGAAUAAAUUAAUUGUUUAUUAGUCUCUGAUAAUAGAGGUUAAUUAGACAUUUUAAGAGAAUAAUCACCUAGUGAUUCAAUCAAAUUUUUAAGAUAAUCACAAUGUAAUAAUUAUCAUUUAUAUUAAGAUAAAUUAUAAAUGGGAGAAGUAAAGAAAAUUAUGUUUUUUAAAAUCUCUAAUAUUAAUCAAGUUGUUGAAAAAAUGUUAUUUGUUUAAAGAGAAAAAGAUCCAUAAAAACAAGAAUCUACUAAUUUUGAAUUUUAUAGAUUUUAUUAGAUGUUGUGA